AUGGCAGAUGUUAAAAAAGAGACAUGGACGACUCAUUGGCGGUUGUUCCUCGCUUGUGGGGUCAUGAUCUUGAGUCCUUUCCAGUAUGGGAUUGAUUUUGGAAUGAUCGGUGGGCUGCAGGCCAUGGUGGGCUUUCUGCAGAUCUACGGUUACCGUACGCCUUCGUCUCCAACAGGCUGGAAUAUCGCGACGGAGAGACAGCAGUUGAUAUCGUCCCUUAUGACGCUGGGUGCCUUCCUCAGCUCCGGUACGGCAGGUCUCGUCGCGAACAGAUUUGGCCGAAGAGCUUGCCUUUGGGUCGCUUGCUUAACCUGCUGCGUUGCCAAUAUUAUCAUGAUGACUACAACGCACAUCGGCGCGCUCUACGUUGGUCGACUCGUCAUUGGAUUCGCCAAUGGUUAUUUCAUGACCUUCAGUCAGCUCUAUAUUCAAGAGAGCAGUACAGCCAAGUUCCGUGGACUAUUCUUGACCGGUUUCCAGUUCUUCACCUCCUUCGGUACUUUGAUCGGCACUAUAGUAGACUGGGCCACUGCAAAACGUCCAGACAAGUCCUCGUACCUCAUUCCGCUCGGGCUUAUCUACAUCGUUCCCAUCUUUCUCUCCGUCGGCAUGCUGUUUAUUCCGGAAUCACCGCGAUGGCUGAUUUUACAAGGACGAUAUGAUGAGGGAAAGAAAUCACUGGAUUGGCUAAGACCUGACGGGCACGAUACAGCUUCUGAAGCGGCGGAGAUCAGCGCCGCUAUUGAAAGGGAAAAGGAGAUGAGUUCCGGCGUAGGAUGGGUUGACAUGGUGAAGAAUCCUGUUGACCGCAGGCGGACGCUCCUCGCUGUCGGCGCGGUCUCACUACAAGCUUCGUCAGGCGCAAUGUUCAUCAUUGCGUACAAAGCCUACUUCCUGACCAUGGCCAAGGUCUCAAAUCCCUUCGCCAUGUCGAACGUGCUUAGCUGCAUUGGCAUCCUGGCCAUCAUCGCGAACUCCCUCAUCAUCAUCAAAUUUGGCAAUCGUCGCGUUCUCCUCAUGACCGGCCUUCUCGUUUGUGGUAUCCUCCAGAUUAUCAUCGCGAUCAUAUACGACAAGCAGCCUGGAACGAAGAGUACAGGCAGAAUCAUCGUCGCACUCUCGUCGCUAUACAUGUUCAGCUACAAUGGUCUAAUCGCAACCUAUGCUUGGCUGGCAGGCGGCGAGAUUCCCACACAGCGUCUUCGCUCGCACACAUUCGGCAUGGCCGCAGCUGUUGGAUUCGCUGGAGCUUGGCUCACGACCUUCACUGCUCCAUACUUUAUCAACCCGGCUUCGCUCAAUUGGGGACCGCGCUAUGGUUACAUUUGGUUCCCAUCCUGCGUCUUGGCGGCUACCUGGGUGUUCUUCUUUCUGCCGGAGGUGAAGAACCGAACACUCGAGGAGAUCGAUGAGAUGUUCGAAGCGCGUCUCCCAGCAAGGAAAUUCGGGGCGUACAAGUGUGUUGGCGUGCUGAACACGCUUGAUGCGGACGCCAGGAAAAGCAUCGAGAAAGAGCGCACCGUAGAGGUGCUCAUGAACGAGAAGGUACAGACCGAGACAAGUGUAGCAAAGGAAUAGAUUGUGUGCGAUUUCUCGCACCGUUGGCGAGAGAUGUAGAAGUCUAAUAUCACUAUUCACUGGCG